CGCCAGGGGGCGUCUGACCACGACUAGUCCUCCAGACAACUCCGCUCACAGGGCAAACCAUAGAGCGCACAGUAGGUAGAGCGGCAUCGAGCCUGGCUGGGAAGUGUUUCUCGAUAGUGACACCGGCGACGACCUGGAAGCGGAAGCGGGAGCGGGAGGCAAAGAAGAAGGAGAAGAGGCCGGCGGUGUUAUGGAGGAGCCGCAGCGUCGGCGGAAGCGGAGCCCGCGCGGAAGCCACUCGCCGCCGCCGGGGAACUCGGGGGCCGGCAGGUGACGAUGCCCGGGGGUGGCGGGGAUGGGCUCAGAAGCUCCUGUGUCUUGUGAGGGGAAGGGGCCCGGCCCAGCGCCGCCUCCUCCUCCACUGGCGCUCCGUGGGGAAGGGGGGGGCGCGAGGCCGUGGGCCGACUCGCUUUAGUUGCCCUUUGCCUUGAAGGACCGAGAGUCGGUGUGCUGUACUGGUUAAGAGUGUCGGACAUGGGAGAGACCGGGGUUCAAACCCCCCGCUCGGCCAUGAAGCUCCCUGGGUGACCUUGGGGACCAGCCACUGCCUUCUCUCAACCUAAGUUGCCUCACAGGGUAGCUGGCACCAUGUUUGCCACCUUGAGCUCCAUGCCUAAAAAAGGUGGGAUAUGAAGACAACGAAUAAUACAAUGGUCUCCGGGCAACUUUUUCCUGUUCAAGUCUGGCUUGACUGGCUUUGCAAGAAGGUGAGGUAGGGCAGAAUGACAAUUAUGGGAAAUGUGGGUUAAGUGCUUCUGUAGUGGCAUUGGGCUUUGAUUAGAUAACACACAUUAAGGAGACUGAGUUUCACCUGUUGACUGUGAGAGUGGUGCUACACAUACUAGCCUUUGCCGGCGUGGUGCCCUCCAGAUGUUUUGCAUUGCAACUCCCAGCAAGUACAGUAUGCCCCCUCAACUGUGAAGGUCUCCUUAUCCCACUGGCCUUCACCUCAGAUCUUGCUUAAGCAUAGGAGGAAUUGCAGACAGUGGAAAGAUACAGGAAGCCCUCACAGCCCCCUGUCUUUGUGUCACCUGCUGUCUCUUUAAAUAGUUGUUGGCUUUAUUUGCUGUUUUGUUAUGCUUCCUGGUUGCGUUUUUAUCUUCUGUACUUUGUUGAUUUAACUUUAUUUAAGCUGCCUUGUGGGACAUGGGUGGCGCUGUGGGUAAAACCUCAGUGCCUAGGACUUGCCAAUCGUAUGGUCGGCGGUUCGAAUCCCCGCGGCGGGGUGAGCUCCUGUCUUUCGGUCCCAGCUUCUGCCCACCUAGCAGUUUGAAAGCACCCCUAAGUGCAAGUAGAUAAAAAGGUACCGCUUUAUAGCGGGAAGGUAAACGGCGUUUCCGUGUGCUGCGCUGGUGCUGGCUCGCCAGAGCAGCUUUGUCACGCUGGCCACGUGACCCGGAAGUGUCUCUGGACAGCGCUGGCUCCCGGCCUCUUAAGUGAGAUGGGCGCACAACCCUAGAGUCGGACACGACUGGCCCGUAAGGGCAGGGGUACCUUUACCUUUUAAGCUGCCUUGUAUGAUUCUGCAAAUGUCGGGUAUAUAUUCCUUAUUGAUGCCCCACUCUCACCUCUGAAUUGCUGUAUACCAGACCACAGUGGAUCAAGUGUGUUGACUUGCAUGUGCCUUUUUUUUUGCUGAUGGGAAUUCAUGUGCUUAACCUUGGUUUCAUAUCUUUAAAAGGUCACAGUCAAAAAGAAAAAACAAGUCCUCAAACAAAAAAAGCAAAUCCCCCCGAGAGAAAAGAAGCCGAAGUCCGCAUCAUGUGAUACCUAAAGUAAAGCAGGUAACUGGGCAUACCAGAUAAAAUUGACAGAAGCUUUGUAUUGUAUUGCACUUGGGAUUAAAGCAAGUAUGGACAACUUGAGGAAACAAAAGUUACUGGUGUAAAAAAAAAAAGCUAAACAAACACUAGCACUGCCAUUAGAUUGUGCAAUAGCUUAAUUUUUCCAAACAGUCCUUGUAGUGUGGCUAUUAAAUUCAGCAUGCUGUGAUAACAGUUUUAGAAAAUAUAUGAAAAGCUGAAACCAUUUUACUUAUUUAUACUCAUGAACAGAACUUUUAAAAACUUGCCUUUUGCUAUUUCCCUAAUGUAGGAGCGAGAAGAACGCUCCCAGAGGGGGCAUGAGGAGCGUCCACAUCGAGACCACUCUGAGCCGGGCCACAGGCGGGAAAGAAGCAAUGACCGAGACAGACAUCGGGACCAUUCUGGCCGAAGGAAGCCCCACCGGGAUCAGCCUGGGGGCCACGAAAGGGAGAGGGACGGUCAUCGCUUCCAGGUUCAUCAGGCACAGAGGGAAUUAUAUAAUGAGCAACGUCGGGAGCGCCGGGAGCAGGCAGAAGCCAGCGGUGACGAAGAGAAUCCAGGGGCAGAGGGGUCACACAGCACAGACAACGAGCCAGGGAAUAAAGAGAAACCAAGCUUUGAACUGUCUGGUGCACUUCUGGAGGAUUCCAAUACGUUCCGUGGUGUCGUGAUCAAAUACAGCGAGCCCCCAGAAGCACGGAUCCCCAAGAAGCGGUGGCGUUUGUAUCCUUUCAAGAACGACGAGGUUCUCCCAGUUAUGUACAUUCACAGGCAGAGUGCCUACCUGCUGGGCAGGCACCGACGCAUUGCUGAUAUCCCUAUUGACCACCCCUCCUGCUCAAAACAACACGCUGUCUUUCAGUACCGGUAAGUCUUGGCCCAGGUGUGGGUGUGGAUAUGUAGCUGCUUAGGAGCCUCUAUGAGCUAUGAGUAGCUGUUAGUUUCAAGUUAGCUAUUAAUACUCCCCACUUACUGGCUGGGAUCUAUACAGCAAGAGACCGCAUUAAGGACUUUGGAUACAUCAUUUUAUUGAUAAAUACGCCCUGUAAUUGCUACCUCCAUGUUGUCCUACCCCUCUCCAGCAAAUUUAUGCCAAAUACAUUCAUCUGCUGUCGUUUUGACCGUAGCUCCUCUUUCCUGGUACACUAUGUCGCUAUUGAGAAAGUAUCCUUGCUUUAAAGCUCCUUGCCUGCAAUUUGAUGUCAGCCUUGUCUCCUAGUAAAGCCCUUCUAAUUCCUUCAACUUGGGAUAAACAAGCAACAAGUCCCAAGCAAAUGUCGGGGAGCUUCUAGCCCAAGGACCUAAUUAAGCCUGGCACAGGUCCCAGUUUGGUCCAUGAAACUGUUCCCCACAGACUACAGUCACCUGCUCCCCAUUUGGCCUUACAUAGAGGAUGUGAAGUGUGGGGCAGGUAUAGACACGGUUAUAAAGGAUUUAACUUAAGCCCCCAAUUGUUCCUUUGCAAGCAGGUUCUUUGUUGGUGCUGAUAGGAACUCCCUGGCAUAGCUGAGGGGACUUGCAUUGUUUGCAGGAAGGGGUGUGGAUUCAAACCUUAUUGGAACAGAGAAUUUUUUUUCUCUGCAGAGGGGGAAAUGCUUUGUUUAUGGAGAAAGCAGCUUGAACCCAAACCACUUUCUUGAGAAUGACUUCAAAGGAGCUCCCUCUGACUGCCAAUCAGUGGUUACAGCAAGUCCCUUUGAAGGCAUGCUCCUUUGAACUUCAACAUGUGCAUGUGCCAGCCAUCUGGCAGUAUUAUGACGUUGGCAGAGGGUGGGGGAAUUAAGGGCCAGCCUUGACAAACCUGGUAAACUAAUGGAAGCCAGUGCAACAGAGCUUACCCUCCCUAUGCCUCCUCCAGAUCUCUUAAGGGUCAGGAGAACCCCCAGAGCAGCACCCAGGAGACAUGGGGCUUGCCAAGCUGUACUUGGCAAGCAGAAAUAUUUGUGCUGACAGAACAGUCGUAAGAGCAUGACUUUGAAUUCCUGUCUAAGGAUCUGGCCCACUGGGUGGUUCCUAUUCCCCAUUCCUGAUAUGCUGAAUAGUGUGAGGACUGGGAGUGAUCAGAAAUUGCAAUUAUGGGGCAUAUUGAAGGUUUAAAACCAGAGCAGACCUUAUGGGGCUUUAAGUUCAUUAUCAAUAGUUCCACUAAAGAUUAGGGCAGCUACAAAUUUCUCAAGGUGGAAAGGGCCACAGCUGAUCUCCUUGAGCAAAGCAGUCACAACUAAAUAGCUCUUCUUCCUGAAUAAGCACACAGGUCUCUGCUGUCAGUUAUGUUCAAAGAAGUUUUAUGUUUUAAGAUGUGCUCCACAGGGUUGUUGUGGGAUGCUGGAAGCUGGGAGAAAUCUUAACGAAGUUGGGCUCCCAUAUAUUAUGCUGUUAAUCAGUACAAAUCUCUUGUUUCUUACAAGGCUUGUGGAAUACACCCGCCCUGAUGGCACAGCGGGCCGGAAGGUAAAACCCUACAUUAUUGACCUUGGCUCAGGCAAUGGCACAUUUCUGAACAACCAGCGCAUUGAGCCUCAGCGCUACUACGAACUGAAAGAGAAGGAUGUCCUGAAAUUUGGGUUCAGUAGCAGGGAGUAUGUUCUGCUCCAUGAGUCAUCAGAUACCUCAGAGGUGGACCAGAAGGCAGAGGAGGAGGAUGAGGAGGAAGAGGAGGAAGAAUCCACCUGACAGCCCAUCAGGGGGUGGACUUAACCUUUCUCUGCAGCUGAGCCUCAGAUCCUUUGUGUGGACUGAAGCAUUGCUGCCCCGAUGCCUCUCACUGCCUUAAAACCUGCUGCCUUUGGCUAGUCAUGUUAAUUUGUGAACUUCUCACACACUCAGUUGAUGGUUAUGGGCACUGAAGUAGAGCCAACUGUUGCUUUUCAAAUGGUUUGGGUUAAUCAGAAGGUGCUAGGAAAGCGAGGUCACUUUUGAUGCCCAGCUGAUAUCGCAGCUGUGUUGCUAGAGUUUCUCAAUGUAUCUUUUAAUUUAAGACUCUGAAACAAGGAACCACCCUGUACAAAAAUUGCCUUUUCCAAACAAACAGGUUAUUUUGCUUCUCCCCACCCCUUUUAUUUUUUUGCUUGCACAGUUUUUUUAAAAAUGACAGAUGCAACUUUUUUUUUAAGAAAAAAAAGAAUUUGGUUUAAAGCCUGUUGGAUGUUCUGUAAUGUCUCUAGCAGUUUGAUUUAUUAAUGUGUUGAGGUAAAAGAACUUGCAAAAAAUUGUGUAGAUUUCUGAGAUUCAUGUAGGAAAUUGUGCAUCAAAAUACAUUUUCAGGGAUAUACUUUCCAGAUCCGUGGCAGUUGAAUCUGUAGUGAAAAGGAAGUUUUCUGUCUCCUCUGUCUGGCUUUCUUACCACUGAGGGGAAGGGAGCAUUAAGUUCGUUUCUCAGGCACCUGUAUUACCCCAUGAAUAAUUUUGCACUUAGCAUGGUGGAUAGUUUCCAAAAAACAUUUAAGUAAGUUUAAUUUCCUUUCUUUCAAUGUGGAUGCUACUAUAUUUUUGUCUUACUGAUAGCAAGAGGCAGGAGGUGUAUUAGUGUUGUACGAAGGGAGGUGGAAGAGACCUUCACCCACAACCCUUUUACACUCUGAAAACUUUUGCACAGGUUCUGUAGCUGCAGUUUUGUGUGUAGCUGCCUUACAAUAAAGGAAACACAACUUGCUGUGUGUAGGGGUAGUAACUUUUCCUACUGCCCCACACUUCUGAGAGCACCUCCUGUUUGCAUAAAUGUACCAUGUGCAUAGGGUUGUGUGCAUGUCUAGAAGAAUAUUAGGAUAAAGUUUAGCAUGUAAAUAUGGGGCCAAAAUGCAGAUUUUCAAGCUUUUAGGUGAUGGAGAUGGUUUUGGACAGCAGUAUCGCCUUUCCCAGAAGUCCCUAUUUUCUUUUUUAAAUAAAGGAUUUGUAAAUUUAGCUUGAACAUGUU